GGGAUCACAAGAAUUUUGGGAUUACAAUCGGGUACUACAACAUAAUUUGUUUGCGAAAUGAAGCUAUUCCUUGCUGUACUUUUCGCAUUGUGCGUCAUCGCGUACGCUUAUCCCAGUCCAGGCGCCGAGGAUGCAGGCCAAGAGACUUUGGAAACGGUAAAUGUGCCGUUGGCAGUGGAUGUAGAUGUGGAAGGUAGACGUCCAGCACGCCACGGUGGUCGCGGUGGUUUUGGUGGUGGUGGCUUCGGCGGUGGUGGUUUCGGUGGUCGUGGCGGUUAUGGCGGUUAUGGCGGUGGUUCUCCAUUUGGCGGUGGCGGCUACGGUGGUGGUCGUCCAUUUGGCGGUGGCGGCUACGGUGGUGGCUCUCCGUUCGGUGGUGGCGGCUAUGGCGGUGGUUCUCCGUACGGUGGUGGCGGUGGCGGUGGCGGUUCUUACAGCCAAUCUUCCGCAAGUGCUCAGUCCUCUUCCGGUUCAUAUGGUUCAUAUGGUCGACCAGUGGCUGUGGUAAGCGCGGAAGGACAGCCUCAACAGCUGCGUCGUGUGGCACGGCAUGGUUUCGGCGGUGGCUUCGGUCCCGGUUUUGGUGGAUAUGGCGGUUACCCAUUUGGUGGAUAUGGUGGCUAUGGCGGUUACCCAAUUGGUGGAUAUGGUGGCUAUGGUGGUUAUCCAAUUGGCGGAUAUGGUGGCUACCCAAUUGGUGGCUUCGGUGGCAGUUCGAGCAGUGCUUAUGCAAGUUCUAGUUCGGGUGGUUACCAAUUCUUUGAAACUCACAUUUGUAUUAAUAUAAUUAUGGCUACAACAAUUUGGCGAAAUCUUUUUUAUGACGAUAAUUCUUAUAGCAGCGACAAGUAUAAAAUGGGCUAUCGCCGCGAUUACUCCAGUAUACUUUCAUUGCAAGUAAAACGCAUCACAUCUUUAAAUAGGAAUUUUACAGUAUCGCCAGCCGACAAAAUGCAAGUCCUGACAUUCGCAUUCAUUCUGGCAUUCAUUGCUACGGUGCACAGCUAUCCUAGCUACAUUGCAUACGACGAUUAUGCGGAGGCGCCGGUAUAUCCGUUUAGUGGAAUUUGGUUUACUGAAGAAGCUCCAGUGCGUCAUAAACGUGAACCACAUAGACAUCGUGGCGGUUAUGGCGGAUAUGGCGGCGGAUAUGACGGCGGCUUUGGCGGCGGCUUUGGCGGAUUUGGCGGAUAUAACCCAUACCCAUACGGAGGUUAUCAACAAGGCUUUUAUCCACAAGCUCCCAUCGGACAAGCAAGUAGUUUGUCCCAAUCAAGUGCUAUGGCAACUUCGCUUGGCACUGGUGGCCCUGGCGGCGCUGCAGGUUCCGCCGCCACUGCAAGUGCAGCUUCGAGUACUAGCGCUGGAAGUUAUGGAUACCCUACAAUAUAUGGCUAAAUUAUAAAAAGUGAACAAUAAUGGCCUGAAAAAGUAUUCAUAAUAAUAAAUGUAAUGUGAACAUUAAAAUUGUAGCAAUAAGUUCUUAGGCAAUGGCAGUUUCCGUUCAAACUA